CAAAUAAAACACACGAAGAAGAAGCCCCAGCAGCAGGCUGUAUGAUGCUCAUUCUGCGCCAACAUGAAGGCUCCCGGGGCAGAUUAUGCCUUACACUUUAAAGAAUAAGCCUUGUUACUUCUGCAAGCGCUGAAUCCUCUUCCUGGACUCAAGUAGAUGCAACACCGAAUCCAUACCUUGGUCCUGCAGAAUGUCCAAGAUCAGGCGGAAGGUAACAGUGGAGAAUUCAAAAACCAUAUCUGACAGCAGCAGCAGCACCACAACCAGCACCACCAGCAACCCCGCCGCCCCGUCCCGCCGGCCCAGCGUGUUUGAGAGACUCGGCCCCAGCACUGGGAGUAAUGCUGCUGAUAGUCACUGUAGAAAUUGGCUGAAGACCGGUAAUUGCAGUUACGGCAACACUUGUCGCUACACACAUGGCACUCAGCCGCGAGGCAAAGGAUUUAGCUUCAGUCGGUCAGCCGAGAGACCCACAGGUGAUCUGCGGGAGAGGAUGAAGAAUAAAAGACAGGAUGCUGACCCAGAAAACCUGAAGCGAGACCUAGACGAGCCCACAUCCCCCACAGUGAGACAGAGAGAUUCCUCCAGAGGCCGACACAGAGAAAAGGAGGAUAUAAAGAUAACAAAGGAGCGCACCCCAGCAAGCGAAGAAGAGCCCACAGAGUGGGAAGCAACCCGUGAAGACUCAGAUAUCGGUGACUACGACUACGAGUUAUCUCUAGAAAUGAAGCGUCAGAAGAUCCAACGAGAGCUGAUGAAACUGGAGAACCUGGAAAAGAGGGAGGAGAUCGUCAUCAAAAAAGACGAGGCCCCGUCCAAAACGAGAGCCACUGCCAUGCCUAAAGCUUCCCCAGAGCAGUUGAGCAACAGAGAGUCACCCCCAUCCAGGAAGUCCAGCGGAUCCCCAAAACACAAAGGUGGAACAAAAGGCCCGGGAUCUGGGAAGAAGGAGAAGAAGGCGCCCGUGGCCUCGCCUGUUUCAGAGACUGCCAGGUCCUCAAAAGGCAGCCACGGUAAGAAGAAAGGCCCCCGCACCCCCAGUCCUCCGCCCCCGGUCCCUUUGGACAUCCCCGUGGUCGGGAAGAAGCACAAAGGCAAACACAAAAACAAGGAGAAGUCUGAGGAGAAGCCGAAGGAGGGGAAAGACCGAGGCCGGGACAUGGAGAAACACAAAGAGAAGAAGGAGAAACGGAGGGACCGAUCGGACAGCUCCCACAAGGCCAAGCGGUCGGUGACAUCAGAGGAGCGCUCCGGCAGCGUGUCAUCUCACCCGACGUCGCCUCCAUCCAGGAAGAAAUCCGCCUCUCCAAAAGCCUCGUCGCAUAAGACGUCUGCGCUGGUUUCUCCUCCUCACAGGUCACCUUCUCCUCCACGCCGCCAGCACACCCCCACUCCCCCCCGCCAUCACUCCCCCUCCUCUCACUCCGGUUCCUCUGCUCAGCGGCACUCUUCCUCCCCUCGUCGCCGCCGCUCCUCCUCCCCGGCCUACCACCGGAGCUCUGCAGCCGCGGCCUCUGCCUCCCCACCUCUGAGCAGCUCCCGUCGUUCCCCGUCGCCGCCACCCUCUCAAGACGCCUCCUCGCCUCACCGCCAGUCCGACAGGUCGACCCCCAGCAGGCGCCACUCCAGAGGCCGUGAAAGGAGCAGGGGGGAGAGAGAGAGGAGUCCGCCCGCUCAGGAGCGCAGACACGAGCGCAGAGAUGAAAGCCGCAGCAAGCGAGAGAAGGACAGCAUCCGUGACGACCGGGACUACGACUCCGAGCAGGUCUCAUCUCGUGAUACUCGCGACGACCGGGAGACCAGAGAGUCCCGAGAGCGAAGGGACACUCGCGACAGAGGAAGAGAAGCCACCCGAGAGUCUCGAGACCACCGGGACAACAGAGACCUGAAAGACUCCAGAGAGAGCCGCACCGAGACCCGCUCCAGCCGGGAGUCGCUGGAGAUCCGUGACCGGGAGCGGGAACGAGAGAGGGAGCGGGAGAAGGAGAGGGAGAAGGAAAGAGAGCGAGAGAAGGAGAGAGAGAGGGAGAGGACUGAAGCGCACAGAAAGGAAGAGGCCGCUCAGGAGGAGAGGAGUUACGGGAGAGGACACGGGCGGGAGGAAGGAGGGAGAGCCGAGGGGAGGACGGAGACGAGGGUGGACAGAACGGAGAGGAACGGGCGAGGGAGAGGGAGAGUGAAUGAAGCGACUGAAAAACCCUCAACCAGAAACUCCAGAGGAUCCCAACUGGAGAGCAGUCACGACAGCUGGGAGUCUCGCAGCAGCGCCGUGCGUGAACGCAGCGUGGAGAGGAGCACGGAUCGUAGUGCGACAGAGAGGAGCUCCGAGAGAGGCUCAGACCGAGACCGCUACGAGGGUGACAGGAGAGGAGAGCCGGCGCGGGACUCCUCCUACGACCGGAGAGGAGGACACGGAGAGAGGGAUCGCAGAGACAACAGAGAGAGAGAUCAGAGAGCGGCCUCUCCGAACAGACACCAGGGGAGGUCAGAGGACUCCGAGAGGGAGGACAGGAGGGAGGAGCGCAGGACAGACGACAGACGGGACGACAGAACCCGAGACCGGGAGCGAGACCGGGAGAGAGAGCGGGAAAGGGAGAGGGAGAAGGAGAAGGACAGGGAGCGAGAGAGGGAGAGGGAAAAGGAGCGGGAGAAGGAGAGGGAAGCCGAGAGGGAGCGGGCCCGGGAGAGAGAGCGGGAACGGGAGAGGGAGAGGGAGCGCGAGAGGGAGAGGGAGCGAGAGAGGGAGCGGGAGCGAGAGGAGCGGGAGAGAGAGAGGGAAGAGAGGGAACGGGAACGGGAGAGGGAGAGGAAGGAGCGGGACAGGGAGAGGGAGAGAGAGAGGGAGCAAAGGGAGAGGGACAGGCAGAGGGAAUGGGAGGAGAGAGAGAGGGGGCGGGAGGAGAGAAGGGAGAGGAGGGAGGACACGAGGGAGGAACGACCAGUGAGAGACACCCGGGAUGAUCGCAAGACAAGUCGUAAGAGAACGAGGGUGGAGAGCAGCCCGAGCCCGCGGCCGUCACCCAAGCGAGCGACGCGGGACCUCAGCCCGGCGGACAGCGACGGCUACAACAGCGCAGAGGAGAAAAGUGAGCGCUUGAUUGGCCGAGGGCAGGCCAAGCUCCACCCACCGCCCCUCCUCCCCAGCCCUGUGUGUCCGCCUUCAUCUGACAGCGACAAGCAUCGUCUCCUGAGCCAGGUGGUGCGUCCCCAAGAGCCGCUGCUUCGCUCUCCUCCGAGAUCCACCCCAGACGAGAAGCCCGUCCACUGGAAGGACGAGGAGCGCAGAGGAGCCGUGGACAAAAGGGAAGCGCGAGGCCGCCUGGAGGACGUGGAGCCCCGCGCGGAGAGAGUCAGAGCGGCCGACAGACGAGGAGAGCACCUCGCAGACGCUCCUCCCGACACUCGCAGCAGAGGCAGAGUUGAGCGGGAAGCCACGCCGCCGCCGCCUCCUCCUCCUCCUCCUGCUGCUAGCGUCACCACUGGCAGCGAGGACCGAGACAUUGCCGGCUCCCAGACUCAUGAAGACGGCAAAAAGAAGACAAAGUCUCAGAGGAGGGGCUUGAAGAAGGGUCGGAAAGAAGAUGAUGGUGGCGUUGGGAACGUCUUGGUUGCAGCAGCAGCAGAUCGUUUCAACCCCGAGCCUCCUGCAGAGGCACCGCCGCCUCUUCACUCCCUGAGGAAAGGAGCCAAGAAGAAGAUGCUGGAGCGGAAGAAACGAUCCCGAGGAGGAGAAUCUGACGUGUCUGACGAGGAUUCAUCUGCUCAUCAGCCGCACAGUAAGAGGAAGAGAGGACCUCGCACGCCACCGCCCUCCAUGAGGCCUGAUCAUCGUGGCGCUGGAGCAACCACAGAGCCGUCUCCGCUCCCCAAAAUGGACAAUUUCAGCGACUGGUCUGACGAGGAGGACACAGACAGGGCAGGACCUCUGGACGCACAGCCUCCGCCCGCUGCUGCUGCCCCUCCUGAGAGAGCUCCAGCUGAGCCUCUCCGGAGAGGUGCUGCUCGAGCGGGCAGGGACCGAGAGAGGUGCAACCCUCCUCCGAUCGCACCUCUCCUCCCUCAGGACCCCCCGGCGCUGCUGCCAACUCUCACCCCCCAGCCGCUCAUGUCCCAGCCUCUGCUCCGGAAGCCUCCUCCCGAGCAGACGCGCAGCAGCAGCAUGGGGAGCAACCAGAGCCGCACGUCAUCCAGACGAUUGCGAUCGCCUUCCAACGAGUCCGCCAACAGAGAGGACCCACAAGGUCCCAGAGCCCGCCGCGGGAGGCUGCAGGGGACCAACUCUCGGGACAGAGAGAGGGAGAGAGAACGAGAGAGGGAGAGAGAGAGGGAGCAGGCCAGAGAGAGGCAGGCGGUGACUGAUCCACCAAGCGCUGAGAGGAAGUCUCGAAUCGACCAGCUGAGGAGGGGAGAGCCGAGCCGCAGCACCUCCUCAGACCGGCAGGAUUCCCGCAGCCACAGCUCCAGACGCAGCUCCCCCGACUCAGAGCGACAGGCAAGGUCCCGCGCCGGCUCCUACGACAGCCGUGAGCGCGAGAGAGAGAGGGAGCCCUUUGAGCGGGAGCGAGACCGUGAAAGAGACAGGAAGGACCUGCGCCCUCAGCAGCAACAGCAGCAGCAGCAGCAGCAGCAGCCGCUCCUCCUCCAGCAGCCGUUGCAGCCACAGAGAGACUGGGAGCCCGAGCCCAGGGACUGGCCCAGCAGGGGGCGGGAGCCUCUGCUGAUGCGUCCUGGUCGGGAACCUCUCCUCAGGGAGCGGGACCUCAGAGACAGAGAGCGCUUACUCCCUGAGGGACUCAUCCAGCAGCACGAGCGGGAACGAGAGAGGGAGCGGGAGAGGGAUGGCAGAGGAGGCGAUCGGGAACGAGAGAGGAUGAUCAUGAUGGAUCUACCGCCACACGGGGAUCCUAGAGCUCCAGGACGAGGGGACCUGAGGGGGGAUAUGAGAGGGGACAUGCGAGGAGACAUGAUGAGGCAGGACAGGAGCGAGUACGAGCCUCUGCUGCCGAGAGAAGCCUUCAGCCCUCUGGAGACGGAGAAGCCGAACAGUCACCACCUGAUGGGAGAGCACCGUGAGCUGGAGAAGACGGACAGCUUGGACGGAGAUGAAGACGGGAAAGAGGACGACGGGCAGUCUGUCCCAUCUGUGGGUGAGGAGUACGAACCGAUCAGUGAUGACGAGCUGGACGAGAUCCUGGCCGACAGUCAGAAAAAAGAGGAUCAGCAGGAGGAUGAAAAGAUUUCAGGUCCUCUGGAUGUGAUCGACGUGGACUGGUCCAGCUUGAUGCCCAAAAAGAAGCAGGAGCCCCGUGCUGCAGGGGCUGCACUGCUCCGCUUCACCCCAGGGGCCGUGCUCCUCAGGGCGGGGAUCUCCAAGCGGCUUGCCGGGCCUGAGCUCCUGGAGAAGGUGAAGGAGGUGUGCAAGACGGAGCUGGACGACCCUAAAGACGCUGAGAAGCUGUUUGAGCACGACCUGGGCGCUCUGAAUAUGGCGGCUCUGAACAGGCGGGUGGAAAGAGCAGGUUUGCUGACCAACAUCGGGCCCUGCUGCAAGGCCUUGUGUGCCCGCAGGGACUUCGCCAUCCGCCGGCAGCUGCUUAAAAAUGAAAAGGGCCUGACCAAACAGUACCCCGCUACCCCCGUCGUCGACACAGAGCUCCUGCAGAUGAGCAUGCGCCUCUUCAGAAGGACCAUGGCGGGCCAGACCUCGGCACCAGAGAGGUCUGACGCGGGCCCGGCGCCUGCUGCGGACGCUCCCGCAGCCAGUAGUGGUAGUAAGGUUAGCACAGUGCAGCCGGAGGUGUGUGUAUCCUGAGAGAGUCUGACCCCCUAACUCUCCCCUGACUCUGUCCCGUCUCAUUUCCUUUUUUAAGUCAGGAGAGGAAUAAAGAAGCAUAGAAGUGUUGUGAAUCAGUUACGCUUUACAUGUCUUUAGAUGAUGAUCUGCAAAUGCUGUGCCAUAGACUACCGGACAUUUUAGCCUAUCUAUGGAGGUGUGAUGAAUCAUGUACACAAAGCAGAAACACACCUGAGUGACGUUUUCUUUUGGUGCUUUGGUUCUGUUUUAGCGCUGCUUUUUAACAGUCAGUGUGCCCCUGCCUAACCGAGCUCACAUGUUUUGCUUUGUCGUGCAUUAAAAUGGUUAGAUGUUGAUUUCUGUAACGGGUCUUUUGCUUUGUGCGGCCUUUAAAUCACCCGAUGUUUACUCCUCCUGUUUGUUUACGACAUAUUUCAAAACAUCUGCAGAGCAAAUCUAGAAGGUUUGCUGCAGAUGGUUUCUGAUGAACACUGAAGCAUCCUGCGGGGACUUGAUUGAACAUUUCCAAGCACUGCCAAACUAUUCCUACAUUGAAUGUACUUUGUUAGAACUGUCGGGGGAACAGGAAUGCUUUUAUGCCUGAUGUGUUUUGAAUGGUUUGGCAAUGUGUCCUUGAAAUAAUACUGAACUGAAGAGUCCCAGAUCUCCAACACUGCCCUGAUGAACUCACUCACCCUCACACAGCGUACAUAAAAAAAUGACUGACAUAACUAAUUUCAGCUCCUCAUCACAUUUCUGUCUCCCUGUGAGUGACCCUCCACAGCCCCAAUAAAAAGACUUGAACAGGCGGAUAAACUGAACCUCUGGGAUGUGUUAAUUCAACACUUGAAAAGAGCAGGUUGUGCAUGCUGUUGGACGAUAAAUGCGAUGGACAAACCAGCUUCAGGGACAUAAUAAGAGGGGUAAUCUUAGAGCUCUGGACUCCAUCUCUUUGUAUCCAUGCAGCUAUGAAUCUAAAUGACACUGAGCUCUGAAGCAGCUCGCCAUGCAAACACUUUUCAGACUCCAGGUCGAUUUUUCAAACUGUGUAAGGAGCGAUAUCUAGUUUAAUGAUGUAUUUUUUUACUUUAUAAUAAAUGUGAAAUGCCUUUUUA